AUGGCACAGGGAGCUACACUGGACAAGAGCGAGGUGGCAACUCUAGGCGUACCCUCCACCACCAGCCAUGGAGGUUCUGACAGUAACAUCAGUGCGGAUGGAGCUGGGGCAGCAUCUGGGAUCAUGGCAGGGGGUGCAGAAUGUUCAAUGGCCGUCGAGCCACAGAGAACGCGUGUCGCUCUGGAGCACCUGCAGCAGAAGAUCCUAAAGGUCACCGAGCAGAUUCGUGUAGAGCAGGAGGCCCGUGACGAAAACGUUGCAGAGUACCUGAAGUUGGCCCACAACGCAGACAAACAGCAGGCGUCCAGGAUCAAGCAGGUGUUUGAGAAGAAGAACCAGAAGUCGGCACAGACCAUCGCACACUUGCACAAAAAAUUAGAGCACUAUCACAAGAAGCUAAAGGAGAUAGAACAGAAUGGACCAGCCCGGCAGCCUAAGGAUGUCCUGCGGGACAUGCAGCAAGGAUUAAAAGACGUAGGAGCGAAUGUUCGUGCCGGUAUAAGUGGUUUUGGAGGCGGAGUAGUCGAAGGGGUCAAAGGUGGAGUGUCUGCAUUCACUCACACAGCCGUGGUCUCCAAACCAAGAGAGUUUGCCAGUCUCAUCAGGAACAAAUUUGGCAGCGCAGAUAACAUCGCUCACCUAAAGGACACACUCGAGGACGGAGUCGGGGGCCACUCUGACGACACCCCCACACCCCGCGCCCUCAGUGGAAGUGCCACUCUGGUCUCAAGCCCAAAGUACGGUAGUGACGACGAGUGCUCCAGCGCCACGUCCGGCUCCGGAGCAGGCAGUAACUCUGCUGGGGCUGGGGGAGGAGGGGGGAUUUUAGGGCCAGCAAUGGGGAGUCCCAGAAUGGAUGGGCACCACCACCACCACCAUCAUGUGCACAGCUCCUGGGACUCUCUACUUGAGGGCCUGCAGGAGAUCAAAGCCAGCCAGGCGCACAUGGAGGACGCUAUUGAGGACAUGAAGGGCCAGCUACAGAGCGAUUACUCUUACAUGACACAGUGCCUGCAAGAAGAAAGAUACAGGUAUGAACGACUUGAAGAGCAGCUGAAUGACUUAACAGAGCUGCACCAGAAUGAGAUGACCAACCUUAAACAGGAACUCGCCAGCAUGGAGGAAAAAGUGGCGUACCAGUCCUAUGAGAGAGCAAGAGACAUUCAGGAAGCUGUGGAGUCUUGCCUGACCCGCAUCACCAAGCUGGAGCUGCAGCAGCAACAGCAGCAGGUGGUGCAGCUGGAGGGAGUGGAGAACGCCAACGCUCGAGCUCUGCUGGGUAAACUCAUCAACGUCAUCCUGGCGCUCAUGGCCGUGCUGCUGGUCUUUGUCUCCACCCUGGCCAACUUCAUCACCCCGCUGAUGAAGACCCGAGCCCGGGUCGCCGCCACCGUCAUGCUGACAUUGCUGCUGUUCAUCCUGUGGAAGCAAUGGGACUUUGUGGAGCCGUGGCUGCUGCCAAGCUGA